CCGCGCGCACAUUCGGGCUCUAUCAGUCGAGACUAGCGCACGACCACUUCCCCGCGAGUCACGUCUUCUUGAGCGCGAAAAUGAAGUGUACGAUUCUAUGUGCGUUUUUUUUAUUUAUAAGAUGUGUUUACGCGAUGGACAUUCACGUGAGUCGCGACCUUCACCACAUGGCCAAGCAGAUUGAAAUACUGAAAACAACGCAUUCAGCCGAAAUCACACGCAUGAAGCGAGACAUCGAAUAUCUCAAGCAGAACCAAGUGGCGUCGAUUUCCGCCAACCACAUCAAGAGUGAGCGGGCAACUCUGCACUGGGUGAAAAACUCGAUAAAAGAUCUGCGAAUAGAGAUGAGAGAGAUGAACCAUAGCGUCAACAAUUCCGCUUUGCUUCGACAUGUGCAGGUCAUCAAGAACCAACUGAAUUUAGCGUUAGGGGAGGCUUCCGACUUGACGCAGCUUACGAAAACCCAUGAAAAUAGGAUUGACAAAUUGGACAACAAGGUCGUCGAAUUGACGGACGAGUGCCAACAGAUAAAAGAAACAAUCGCGGAGUUGAAGGCGCAAAUUGAGAAACUUCAAGACGAGUUAAGGCUCAGGGAUAUAGAUGAAAUGCGCGUGGAAAACUUGGAAUCAAAGACGGAUGAGAAUGAAAGCGAUCAAGGAUCCCACAAGAUUCGCCACCAAAAAAUGCUCCAAAAGCAGUUAUAUCGGCUGUCGCGCACUCAGGAACAAAUUGUAGCGUACCAACGGAACCUCCAAGACCAGCUGCUUGAAGGUUCGCGGCGCAUUCAUCGACUCGAGGAACUCAACUUGCACCUUAUUGCCACUAAAGUGGAAAAUUUCGAUACCGAAUAUAAGGCUCUUCGAGCUGAUUUACAGAAUGUGUCCCGAAAGAUGUCUGACUUUGAUAAAGUACAUGCUUCGCUGCUUGAGCUUCGCGAAGACGUUGAAAAUAUAGAAAACAAGGUGGAUAAGACCAUCCCGGAGUUUAGAAAGGAGAUAUCGAAACUGGAUGUCAGCUUUGCUAAGCUCCACGCUGAAACAUCUUACCUGAAGGAGAAUCAAGAGAACGUAAAGCAGACCAUGAAAGCUAUUGCCGUGACUGUGAGCAACGUGAUGGAGCGAGUUGACGUUGACCACUCCACAAUGGAUAAGCUUAACGAGUCCGUCGUCGAAUUGAAGGCAACCUCCAAGCAGCAUUUUUACCGGCUCAAUGAUCAUAUCUUGAAGAGUGAAGCUAAUCACGUUGAUACCAAUUUCACCCAAGCUCUACCGUUACCCGAACUGAUGGGUGAAGUGAAGGAGCUGCAAUCGGUGCAGCGUGAAUACGAGGAUUUGGUGGACCAGUUGCCGAAGGACUGCAGCAAUAUCAGCCAGCCGGGCGUGUACCUGAUACAUCCGGACGGCAGCAGCGAACCACGUGACGUCUGGUGCCAGGGCGGUGGCACGGUACUGCAGCGUCGUUACAACGGAAGCGUUGAGUUCAACAGGAUCUUCGCGGAGUACGAGCGAGGAUUCGGAGAGCCAGCCGGUGAGCUCUGGCUCGGGCUAGCCGCCAUGCACGCUCUGACAGCAGACAACUGCUCCAGUAUGAGGAUUGAUAUGACCGACAUCUACGGCAUGGCUUGGUUCGCGCAUUACGAGCUUUUCACCGUCGGCAGUGCUGAGACUGGCUAUGUGCUUGAAGUAGGCGGUUACCAAGGCAACGCCAGCGACGCCUUCGACUACCAGAACCACAUGCAGUUCUCCGCCAUCGACCUCGACCGUGACAUCUCCAACACACACUGCGCCGCCAACUACGAGGGGGGAUGGUGGUUCUCGCACUGCCAGCACGUCAAUAUCAACGGCAAGUACAACCUCGGCCUCACCUGGUUCGAUGCCACCAGGAAUGAAUGGAUCGCUGUCGCCACCACUGAGAUGCGUAUCAUACGUCGACCUGGAUGUGCUGCUUAAGCACUAUUUUUCUCUCAAUUAUCUUGAUGUUUUUUGACUCGGGCAUAAUGUACCGAUUUAAAUGUUGUAUUAUGAUAAGUCAUACCAAAGAUAGUGAAAUAUAAAGCGAUCUACUAUUUUAUUAUUAAUUUUAAUUACUUAUAGGUUAUUAAUUUUCUUCUAUAAAAUCUGUCUUUUCUGCAAUUUAUCAAAGUAAUAAUAUUUCUUUCGUUUCUUUUCUGCUGUGUUUAGAUCUGUUUUUUUUUUCAUUAAAAGACCUUGGAUUUGUUUAGCAUAAAAUGCAUUUAUUACUCAACAACAAAAAUCGUUAUUAUCUAUACUAUAAUACCAUUCAGAAUAAAUCCUUAUUAUGUUAUCUUUACAUUCCAUUAGACAUUGUAUACAUAUAAUAUUAAUUUCAAUGUUACAUAUAAUUAGUUGUUUUAAUUAUAAGUUAAAGCUAUUACAAAGAACUUUUAAUAUAAUAAAUAAUAUUAAUAUUAAUUUUUUUCGUUGUACUGUUUCAUUCGUUUGACGAAAAUGUCAUGAUAAUUUGUCUCGUUAUUCAAAUCAGUUAUUGUUUAUUACGUUUUCUUCUCUGUAGAUCAAACAUGUUAAAGAAAGAUUCACGACGAUUCUUUAAAACAAAACCUUUUCACUGUCUGGGAUAUAAUCAUAGGAUUACAAUUGGUAGUUUAGCUUGUACUUGUUCUUUUAUUGAUAUAGACCUACCGUUACCGUUAUAUUUCCAUAGACCAAUAUAAUCAAAGCUCUACCUGUUUGAUAUGUAUCUAUUUCAAACAAGUCAUUUGUGGAAGAAAUAUUUGCCAAGAGGUAAUUACCAAUAUUGAGCAGUAGGUAGUGUCUAUAUCAAUACUAAUUACCACUGCACUAACGCAGUGCUGAUAUCGUCUUUCUGUCGAUAUAUAUUACGUAAUAGCAUAAUAUUAUAAUACAUUGUAACUUCGUAACGAAAACAAUGUACUUAGUAACUAGUAGACAUUAUGUAAGCGAAAUGGAAUUACCAUGUAUAACCAAAUAAAUUAUUCAAUCAUUCA